AUGUCGAAAGUCCUUCGUCCUCCGCAGCCACGUCCUGAUCAGCGCUCCCCAAACUCAUUCAAAUCACCCACCUGCCACGGCAAAUACUCCUUCGACAACGCGCCAGAAGAUCUCGAGAAGAUCGCCCGUGGAUUCAUCUCCGCCAUCAAUCGCCGCGUCCUUUCCUCAGCCGCCGCAGAAUGGCAGCCGAUAUCCCCGAACUUCCGAGCCAGCUUCGAUCAAGAGCCCGAUUUGAACCUCAACCGAGAAGAAUACCUGCGGUGGCUCGCAAAGAUCACGUCGAUGAACCCCUCCCACGUCAUCCGUGUGAUGGAUGUCGCGACUUAUGUUGACACUGAGACUCGCCGCGCGGAGGUCUGGAUGACGGGAACGACGUCAGAUGCAGUCCACGAAGAUUUGGUCCACCAAUGUGUCAAGGUCCUGGAGUUUGCUUUUUCGCAAGAGCAUGGUUGGUUGUGUGUGAGGUAUAAGAGGAUGAGAGGGCCGUUAGGUGCAGAAGCUGUGUUUUGA